GAGCAGCCAACGGUGCCGACGGAACCCUGGACGAUCAGCAAAAGCUGCAAGCCUAUGGCAAAGCCCUUGCUGCAGGCUUUGCCGGGUACAUUCACAACUGCAGUGCGAGCGUCGCAUACUACAGCAAAGGGCAGUCACUGUGCAGUGAGGACAUACCCUUCCCUCGGCCUAACACGUGGUGGGAAGAGGCUGCAGCGCUCGUCACAAUGCAGCUGGUGUUUGGGUCGGCAUGGGUACUUCCGCCUCUGUGGCUGGCAUGCAUGAUUGGGACGCUCUUGUAUGGCAGCAAAUUGGCCGCAGCCUUCUUGGCAGUCACAGUUGCAGCAGCCUACCUGCCUCCAGGCAAGAGGUGGGAGGCGUUCCUGCACCACUGGGUGUGGGACACCUGGCGACGCUAUUUUAGGUUCCGGGGCAUUGUCCCGAAACCGCCCUUCUGCGACCCCGGGCGCCACUACAUUUUCGCGCAUUUCCCCCAUGCAGUCUUCCCCAUGGGCUCCUGGCUCUCGUUUCCACUCUGCGGCGACCCUCUCUCAGGUGUCCCGGCUCCCAUGAUUGGACUGGUGGCCACCGUGCUGCUGCAGAUCCCAUUCUUCAAGCACAUGUUUGCUUGGAUGGGCUGCAAGCCGGCAGACAAGCCGGUGACGAUGCGGCUGCUGAAGAGGGCGUCCGUGGGGAUCAUAGUGGAGGGCGUGGCUGGUAUCUUCCAUGGGGCAACGCUGCAGCAUGAGCGCAUAUUCCUGCAGCAGCGCAAGGGCUUUAUCAAAUGUGCCAUCCAGUCUGGUGUCGAUAUUGUGCCGGUGUAUCACUUGGGCAGCAGCCAGAUGCUGCGAUGCACGGGCAGCAGCGACUGGUCACGCCGCAUGCGAAUGUCCGUGUGUCUCUUCUGGGGCCGAUGGGGGCUCCCUUUGCCCUACAAGCACGACAUCAUCUCCCUCGUGGGCACUCCUGUGCGCGUGGUGCAGCAGGAUGAUCCCAGCCAGCAGGAGGUGGAUGCAGUGCAUGCGCGCUUUGUCGCUGCCAUCACAGAGCUCUUCGACACCCACAAGCACCUCACGCCGGGCUGGGAGAGCAAGCAGCUCACCAUAGUGUGAAUGCUGGUGUGCGCUGGAGGGAUCAGUACGAGCAGUUUGAUUGUUUGCUGGACAGCACCAGCUCGGUGAGCAAUAAGGAGCCUUGAGCCGGGUUGCGGCGGGGGUGGGACCGAAAUGUGAGCAAUAACUUCGUUAUUGACCUGUCUUCCUACAGUGUAGCCAACUACAAUUAUGCAUAUGGCCAUGGUGGACUCGUCAGUGGGAGGCAAGACUGGCGUGAACCACCCGCUUAGCAAGAACAUGAUCGGCGCCUUCUACCAGCCCAAAGUGGUCCUGGUGGAUGUGGACACCCUGAACAGCUUGCCAGACCGCGAAUUGGCGUCCAUGGGCCAUGUAAUGCUGCCAUUGUGCAGAUUGCAUUCUAAAUGGGUGACCACGUGGCAAGACGUGUAGCAUGUUGAGUGUUUGGGCACUUAUUGUGUGAGCGCAACGUUCACGCAUCUCCAUGGAUGAUGAUGGUCAGUGCCGACCGUGUGAGUUCUUUUGGCUAGCCCUUGUCUUGUCAUGUGCUCAGUGUUUGUACCGUCUACAGGAGGGUCCAGCUGUCCAGCUUGCAAUGGUAAUCUGUAAACUUACGUCUG